CUGAUUUUUUUCCUGAUCGUGUGCCAAAUAAAUUUGCUUAUGUUUGUGAUCCUAAAAGAUUCGCAUUGAUGGGUUUGGAUAUGGCUGAUUUUGCAUAUUGUGAUACAACUCUUUCUUAUGAAGUUAGAGCCAAAGAUUUGGUAGAUAGGAUGACAUUAUCAGAGAAGGCUCACCAAAUGGGAGAUAAGGCAACUGGUGUAAUCAGAAUAGGGUUGCCUAGAUAUCAUUGGUGGUCUGAAGCUUUACAUGGUGUCUCAUAUGUUGGACAUGGCACGUAUUUUAAUGAACUUGUUCCUGGUGCAACAAGUUUUCCCACCGUUAUUCAUACAACUGCAGCCUUUAACCAAUCGCUUUGGAAAACCAUUGGAAAGGCUGUUUCAACAGAAGCAAGGGCAAUGUACAAUUUGGGGAAUGCUGGAUUAACCUAUUGGAGUCCUGUCAUAAAUCCCGUAAGGGACCCUAGAUGGGGAAGGAUCACCGAGACGCCUGGUGAAGAUCCUUUUGUGGUGGGAACAUUUGCCUCUAACUUUGUAAGAGGUUUGCAAGAUCUUGAAGGACAAGAACAUACAAAUGACACUGGCUCCAGACCUCUCAAGGUUUCUGCUUGUUGCAAACAUUACGCUGCUUAUGAUAUUGAUAACUGGAAGGGUGUGAGUCGAUUUACAUUCGAUGCAAAGGUCACCGAGCAAGAUAUGGUGGAAACUUUUCUUCGUCCAUUUGAAAUGUGUGUUAAAGAUGGUGAUGUGAGCAGUGUAAUGUGCUCUUAUAAUCGUGUUAAUGGCAUUCCAACUUGCGCUGAUCCCAUUCUUCUAAAAGAAAUAAUUAGAGAACAGUGGAAAUUUAACGGAUAUAUUGUUUCAGAUUGUGAUUCUAUUCUGGAGAUGGUUGAGCGUCACAAAUGGCUCAAUGAUACAGCUGAAGAUGCCGUGGCACAUUCACUAAAAGCAGGUUUAGAUCUGGACUGUGGAGAUUACUAUCCUGUCUAUCUUGAAAAAUCAGUGAGGCUAGGAAAAGUGAGGGAGGCAGAAAUUGAUACAUCUCUAAAGUACCUCUAUGUGGUACUAAUGAGGCUUGGAUUCUUUGAUGGAAUUCCAUCUUUGAUGUCACUUGGAAAGAAGGAUAUUUGUUCUGAAGAACACAUCGAAUUGGCAGCACAAGCAGCUAGGGAAGGAGUUGUACUUCUCAAGAAUAUUGAGUCAAAUUUGCCAUGGAAAAUUGAUCAAUAUAAGAACAUAGCCAUAAUCGGUCCACUUGCCAAUGCUACGAGAGAUAUGAUCGGAAAUUAUGAAGGUACCCCUUGCCGAUAUGUUUCUCCACUUAAGGGCUUGUCUGCCUUUGCACAAGUAAAAUACCAACAGGGUUGUGAAGGAGUAAAAUGCCCUACUGAUAAGUUAAUAUUUCCAGCCACGCAAGCUGCUAAACGAGCAGAUGCAACUAUACUUGUGAUGGGUACAAAUUUAAAAAUUGAGAAUGAGGGCUUGGAUAGAGAGGAACUCCUUCUUCCUGGUUACCAAAAUGAGUUGAUCACCCAAGUUGCAGUAGCCUCCAAAGGUCCUGUAAUUCUUGUAAUCAUGUCUGCUGGUGGUGUUGAUAUCUCACAAUUUCUUAGGUCGGACCCCAAAUUGGACUACAUUAAUAAGAAAAUCAAAGGAAUCUUGUGGGUUGGACAUCCUGGUCAGGAAGGUGGUCGUGCCAUUGCGGAUGUUAUCUUUGGAAAAUAUAAUCCUGGAGGAAGAUUACCCCUUACAUGGCAUCGUAAUGAUUAUGUGGAUAAGCUGCCCAUGGAUUCUAUGCCAUUACGUCCUGUUGAAAGCUUACACUACCCUGGAAGAACAUACAAGUUCUACAAUGGUUCAAUGGUAUAUCCUUUUGGAUAUGGUCUAAGCUACACAAAAUUCAACUACAAGUUGACGACAUCGAAAGAAGUACCCAUCACUAUUAAACUGGAUAGGCUCCAGCACUGUCGCAACUUGAACUACACAAAGAAAUCUUUUGAGAAAUCAUGUCCUGCUGUUCUAGUUGAUGAUAUAACUUGUGACAGUGAAAUAUCUGUCGAGGUUGAAGUGCAGAACUUGGGCGACAGAGAUGGUAGUGAAGUUGUCAUGGUCUACUCAAAGCCUCCAGAGGGUAUUGUCGGAACCCAUUUUAAACAAGUGGUUGGAUUUGAAAGAGUUUUCGUUGCUGCAAAAAAGAGUGAGAAGGUUAAGUUUAUUCUUGAUGCUUGCAAGAGCUUGAGAAUUGUGGACAACAAAGGCUACACGCUUUUGCCAUCUGGGUUGCACAAAAUUGUGCUCGGAACAUCAUCCGAAACAAUUGAAGUGAAUGUCAGCUACGCUAGGUAGAUAAAGAGUA